AUGAACUCUGUCCGAUUAUCGACAAUUGAUCCACUCUCGUUCGCAAUAGGAGAAUGUACAUUCAUUUCUUCUGUGAUGAGAAAGUCAUCAAAGUCCUCGGUCACUGGUCCACUAUCUGCACUCCUUGGAAGUCAAUUUACAAAAGAAAACUCACCAUAUGUGGACGAAGACAACGGUACCCGUCUUUCAACCUUUUUGAGAUCAGGAACUAAAGUGAAAGAUGACGACCAUUUUUUAAGCGGUUUCAUUGAGCUGAGAUCCAUACUCAGUGAAUUGAAAUCAAUUGACGAUAUUGACGUGUUAACUCUACUCCAACCAUUUCUACUGGUCAUCAGAUCACCAAGCACUUCUGGUUACAUAACUGACGUAGCCGUGACCUCCCUGUCCAAGUUUAUCAAAUACGGAAUUGUCAACGAGGGUUGUACAAACAUACUACAAUGCUUAGGCCAAAUUGUUUCUGCUUUAUCUCGUUGUCGUUUCGAAGGGACAGAUCAAACACAAGACGACAUUCUUCUGAUCAAAAUAAUACAACUGCUGGAAGUGAUUGUGUCAUCCAAGCUGGGAGAUUUGCUGACAGAUGACUCGAUGUAUGAAACCGUGUCAACUUGCUUCUCUUUGGCAAUCAACACAAGAAGAAGGGAGAUUUUGAGAAGCGCGGCAGAAACAUCGCUGAUUGGAAUCACCGAGAAAAUAUUCAGCAAAUUGAGACACAUUCCUGUUGAUGAAGGAGUAGACCACAAUGUGAAAACACUGGAGGUGGAACUCACAGCCACGACCGAAAGUGGCGGGCUCCCAACUGAUACUAUAGGGGGGACCGAUUACGAAGACGACGUUAACCAUGAAAGCAAGGGCGAAAGCGAUUUAUCCAAUUCUCCGGAAAAUCGUGACGAGUCUCCUAGUACUCCAGAAGCAAAGGAAGACGAUGUCAGCGUUCAUGUGGAAGAGCAGGUGGAAGAGGCACAAGAAGUGGCCGGGACCAACGUUUCUUCUUUAUCAGAAGAUGAGCAAGUUCCGUUUGGUCUUCCAUGCAUGAAGGAGUAUAUGAAUCAUACAAUUGAUAUUCUUUCCCCGGAAAAUCAGUUCAGAUUCACUGAAAGCUCGCGGAUUCUUGCACUAAACAUACUGAACACAAUCAUCGAAGUGUCGGGUGGAAUAAUUGCUAAACACUCUGCACUUCUUCAAUUAAUUUCUGACAAAACGUGCCACCAUCUGGUCCAAUUGAUACAGACCGCUGAUUCGCCGUACUUGCUCACUUUGGCAAUGAAACUGUUUCUGAAUCUUACCCUGAACAUGAAUGAACACCUGAAGAUCCAGAUUGAAUUGCUUUUGACCACAAUUUUUCAGGACAUUGUUGCGAAUCAGGACAUGCUUCUGAAGGAUUUGGAAAAAAAUCAAGAGAGGGUGUUCAAGAUGGGAGAAAAAGGCUCCUUUGAAGUUGAACAACUGAGCGAAAAAGAAGUCGAAGAACUGGGUGGUGAAUUCCAAACUGGGAAAUUCCCAAUUAUCAAGGAAAUUCUUGUUGAGACCCUCAGUGUUCUUUGGAUCCGCUCUCCUCUGUUUUUCAACUCUCUUUUCAAGUCAUACGACUGUGAUUUUGAUAGAUCAGAUAUUGCAGAGAUGACACUUCGGCUUCUCUGUCGUCUAUCUUCAUCUGAAGUUACGCUUUUUACCACAGGUAAUGUUCCUUCAAUCUGUAUGGAGGGUGUUUUGAGCUUUGUCGAUGGGGUUCAUGACCGAGUCAAAGAAGCAAGCAAACUGAACAUUGAAUUUAGUGGUCUUUCUCCGAAUCAACUAGUCCUGCAACAGAUAAAGAAGUCGGACUUCAUCGAGUGCACAAAGAAAUGGAACGAAAAACCUCAAUCCGGUUUAGAUUUAUUACAAGAAAAAGGCUUUAUCAAAGAUAUCAGUGAUGUCUCUGAAGUGGCCAGAUUUCUGUUUGAGAAAUCUGGUCGGAUCGACAAGAAGAAGCUUGGAGAAUUACUUGCUAAGCCUUCUAAUAAGGAGCUUUUGAAGGAGUUUAUUGAUCUGUUGGAUUUCAAAAACUUGAGACCAGACGAAGCACUUAGAAUGCUUCUGAAUAAUUUUAGAUUACCAGGAGAAGCACAACAAAUUGAAAGAAUUGUCGAAGUAUUCAACCACAGAUAUAUAUCAUGCCAGGAUGCAGACUCCGUUGCAGAGAACGGUGAAGAAGAUGAAGAUCAAAAGGUCACACCAGACCAGGACUCGCUAUUUGUGUUAUCCUUUUCUAUCAUUAUGUUAAACACCGAUCUGCACAACCCCAAUGUUAAGAAACCAAUGACUUUGGAAGACUAUCAAAGAAACCUCAGAGGAUGCUACAAAGGAAAGGAUUUCCCUCAAUGGUACACCGAGAAAAUUUACCAUUCUAUUAGGGAAAAGGAAAUCAUUAUGCCAGAGGAACAUAGAGGAACAUCUAAGUGGUUUGAAACUGUCUGGCAUUCUCUAAUUGCAGAGCAAUCUAGCAAGCUGCUCAGCGAAGAAGUUUCUUCCCUCGCUUAUGAAAAAUUGGAAGACUCGCUGCAGUUUGAUCAGGUCUUGUUCGAAAAGAUUUCAAAAGAUGUUAUCAGUACACUGGUCAUGAUGUUUGAUGAUGCCACACACGAUAGCGUCGUUACGAGGAUGAUUUCAAGUGUCGAGAAGUGUGCAUCCAUCGCGUCGUACUUCGGUAUGAAUGAGCUGGUGGAUGAAAUUAUUGAGAUUGUUGCUCAUUUGACAACUCUAACUGGAGUUAAAGAAUCUGAAUUUGCGCUGGACUCCAGAGAAGCUCUUCCAAUCACAGAAUUAAAAUUAGAGAAGGAAAAUGAGACUAUCACAGUCAGUUAUCUUUCUGUUUCCUUUGGAAGAGAUUUUAGAGCUCAAUUGAGCACCUUGGUUCUAUUUAGAAUCGUGCGCAAAUCUAACUACCGGGUUUCAAAGCACUGGGUUCCCUUGGUUAAAAUCAUUUUGACUUUGUUCGAAAAUGGACUUAUUGAACCCGACCUUUUUCCAGAGUUCCAGAAGCGGAUUGGCUUGGACGGACUGGAAAAGCCAAAACCACAAUACCAGUUCAGUCGCACAAAGGCCCUCAAAGACAAUGGAAUAUUCUCUACUUUCUCAUCUUAUCUUAAAGGUCUGUCUGACGACACUCCUGAGCCUACUGACGAGGAAAUUGAGUGCACCUUAUCAACUAUGGAAUGCAUCAAGUCCAGCAGUAUCAACUCUUUAUUCCGGAAUGUGAGCAAGACAGAUUCAGAGAACCUUAACCAGUUCGUUUCCAUACUUUUGGAGUCUAUCCCAAGUAAGGAAGAUGCUGAUCCACGAGUUUACCUCAAUGAAAUCCUCUUCAUUUUGGAGAUAUGUGUUUGCUACUUGUUGCUUACUGGAGAACAGGAGCUCGUUAUUAAGACACUUACUCUUUGCGAUAAAGUGUUUAGUCCUGCUGAAGAUUUUAAGAUGAGCUGUCUAGUCAGGGUUAACGCCUAUAAGCUUCUAUUGUUGCACAAUGGCAAUAAAUCUAACGCCGACUUGCUGAAUUCCACAAUCGAGAAGUUCUUGACUCUGGCCGAGAAAAAUAGAGAAGCACUGAUGAAAUAUGGCUCAGUCAUUCUACAUCCGUUACAAAUGUUAGUCUUGGUGAAAGGAACAUGGUGCCAGAUAAUUCUGUCGCAAAACUCAAAGUAUUGGUCACUGAUCAGGAUCUUUGCAGCCUCGCCGAAGAACACAGAGAUUGUUUACCAAUUUAUGCGGAGUCUGAUCGAAACCUUACCUGAAAUCAUCACCUACCAGAACUACAUGGACGUUUUGGGUCUGUUGGAUGAAAUAUCUGCCGUGGGAGCAUAUGGAGCCCAGUGGGAGCAAGAGUAUGAUAAAUUGAUUGCCAGUGGUCACAAGGUGGAGAAAAACAAAAAUCCGUUCCAAGACUUGGUUGCUACAGCCAGCAAGUCUAUAAGUUUGACUUUGAGCUUGUCGAAAAUUGUUGAAUCUGAACAAUUCAAAGAAACGAUUCCAAAUAACAGCGAAACUCCAUCUAGUUGGUAUCCACUUAUUGAAGCUAUUGCGCAUCAAUGCUACAAUCCAUGCCGUGAGUUGAGAUCUCACGCACUAAAAACUCUCACGACUUUGCUAGUUUCGUCUGAUCUUCCGCUUGACUCGCUUUCUCCAGAACUUGUUUUAGAUGCAGGAUGUAUCAGACUAUUGCUCGAGCUGUUGAAGCCUGAGGUGGAGAGCACAGAUGUGAAUGGAAUGGUUAAAACCCAACACGAUGUUUUGAAUUUGGCCUGUAAGGUGAUUCUGAUCUACAAGUUCAACGAUGUCACCAGUACAGUGGGCAAGCUUCUGACUCUUUCGUCUAAAUUCUUGGCCAGAAAUCGCCACCGUGAGAACUUCAAGGAUGAGGCUCUUGAAUUCCUGAAGAACAUGUUACUUGUGAAAAGGACAGAACUCAAAUUUGAUGAGUUGAACAAACUCAAGCUUGAGCCGGUACUCAAACAAUUACUAAAAGAUGUUGAAGCAGGAGAUGAUGUCAAAGAAAAUUUGGACGACCAGAAAAAAGAGGUUGAAGAAAAAAAGGAGGAUCACAAAGAAUCCGAACCCGUCGCCCGGUCGGAUGAUGCCAAGAACACAUCGGUGGAUGAAGUUGAUUAA